AUGGCUGAAAUGAAUCCACGAAAUGUGGACUUUGGUGGUGAAAAUCAACCAACAACAUUUGAAUAUACGGACGAAACAUCGCCAUCACCUGCGAAUGACACGUUAUUUAUACCGGUAAAUACAAACUCGCAAGAGACAUAUCCAUCCCAGGAUUUACAGGCAAAUUCUCCAACACCGGAUAACUUGCUAUUUCCAGAAAGCGUCGCAGUCCACAGAGACAGCAUGGCAUCUCUUAAUAACUUAGAAGCUCCAGAAAAUUUGAAAUUACCCGACAAUUCUAUACAACCGGACAACUUGACAUCUCUUAACAACGCAGCAGCAGCAGCUCUGGAAAAUGUUACUGCUCCUAACUCGAUUUCUCCGGACAAGCCUUCACCCCCGGAUAAUCUAACAAUUCCCAGUAACUUAACUCCGGACAAUAACACAUCCCAGGAUAAUUUAUCAUUUCUGAAUAACCCAACCGCUCCAGAGAGCGUUGAAUCUCCGGGAAGCUUGGUUUGUCCAGAAAACUCCUCAUUCCCGAGCAGUCAAACUCCCUACAACCCGGCAACUCCGGAAAGAGUUGAAGCUCCAGAGAUUUUGGUAUCUCCGGACAGCCACACGUCAAUAGAAAAUUCAACGUCUAUAAAUAAUGCAGCAACUCUGGAAGGAGCUGAAACUCUGGGGAGUUUGGUAGCUCCGGACAACUUCACAUCCACGGAGAAUUCAACUCUAAACAACUCGGUGGCUCCGGAAAACUCGCCCUCUUUAAUCAACCCGGAUUCAUCUGUCACGUGGACAGUGCCAAGCCUUCCGACCAUACCUGUCACUUCAAGAACAAUUAUUUCUACCUCAUCGGUAAGUCUAACGUUACCAGUGACAUCAAUGAGGACCAGUACAACAUCACCAACACCAGCAACUCUACCAACUUCAACACCAACGCUUAGUCCAAAUCUACCAGUAUCCCCGACGCCAUCAAUUAUCCCACCAUCUAAUACAAUCGCAUCUUCGUCAUCACCAUACGAGCAAGCAUCGACAACGACGACGUCGGAAGAUGGCGGACCAACCUGCGGACGAUUUCGAUCUCUCCUUCGAUCACUAUGUAGCACAUCUCCGGACAAAUACUGUUGCAUCAUCCCUGCCAAAAUAUGGCUCAAGAUACGUCUCUGCGCCAUCGUACUCCUACUAGUCGGACUUUUCCUCGUCAUCAUCUUCCCUCUUCCUGGAAUGAUUCUCUUUCAAAUAGCGAUUGUCCUCCUGACUGUAUCAGGAGUUUUUGUGUUCAUUGACAUCGGAAGGGGAGCCAUCGCUAACUGUUGGUGUGAGACUGUUGAAAGGCCACGUCCUCAGCCGAACAGAGUGCGGACUAUUGAAGUCACUGCAAGUGCUAGGUUUGAAGAAUACGACAACCCUGCCUUCGCCGAGGGCGACCAUCCACCCGACUACGCGUCCGCCAUCGCUACAACUCCAACCCCUCUCGACCACGGACACCAACGACCACCGAACAUCACCAUCAACAUCGAGGCCUCGGAGCGCGGAACAACGGGUGACCUCGCGUUUGAUCCUACCUUGAGUCCAAGCUCGAUGUUCUCCUUCGGCGAACCUUACUCGCCACGGUCAUUGCCUCCAUCCUAUGAUGACGUCAUAAAAGAAGAUAACGACAGGCAGAGGUCAAGGAACCGAGAUGAUGAUAGUCCUGGACCAAGCUCCUCCUGAAUUAGCCUUCAGACAAGACCCCAUGUUUGAUGAGCGUCUGGUAAAGAGAGACCAAUCGCCCAAACCAGGGUGAAGGCGCCAUCCUUUCCGGAAACUGGGUGCACUGAGUCAGCGCUAGUCUCGUCUCAGUUCCCGCGUGGUUUGUCAAAAAGCUACUCCUGAGCGUGUUCAAUCUUGAAUUCGAAUAAAUAAAUUCCUGCAUCAUGGCAAAGGAAUUGUUAUUUUUCAACAUCUCCUUGACUAGAAACACAAUUGAGACCGAAGAGAGAAAUUUCUAUAGACCUGUCCUGGGAAAGCAUCAAAGUUUGUAAGCAGAUAGGAGAUGACUUUGCAACAUGAUAUGGAAUUAUAUUUAGAAACAAAAUCAGAGAUAUCUGGAAAAUUGUCAUCAGUUUCAACUGUGUAAACGUUGGUUUCAUUUAUCGUGUACAUUUA